GUGUGUGUGUGUGAGUGAGAGAGAGAGGAGCGCGUGCUGGAGCAUCGAUAGACAUGAAGAGACCGAAGUUGAAGAAGGCGAGCAAACGCCUAUCAUGCGCCAAACGCUUCAAAAUACAAAAGAAGGUUCGGGAGCAUAACCGUAAAUUACGGAAAGAGGCAAAGAAGAAAGGGAUAAGCCGAAAGCCGAAGAAAGAUAUUGGAGUACCAAACAGUGCACCUUUUAAAGAGGAAGUGCUUCGAGAAGCUGAGCAGAGAAAACAGGAGCUUGAAACUCUGAAAGAGCAAAACAAGAUUGCAAAACAGCAAGAAAGAGCUGCAAAGAGGAAGAAGGAGAAAGAAGCAGCCAGUGCUGGAGACGAACCUGCAACUAAGAAAGCUAAAAAGGUGGCGAAAGCUAAAGAAGCAAAGGCUGCAAUAGUUAAAGAGAGAAGCACUAGAACAUUCAAAUGCUGCGAGCUGAACAAGGUGAUUGAGGAAUCUGACGUGAUCGUGGAGGUUUUGGAUGCCAGAGAUCCUCUGGGCUGCCGCUGUCCUCAGCUGGAGGAAACCGUCCUGAAACACGAGGGAACGAAAAAACUCUUGUUCGUAUUGAACAAAAUAGAUCUUGUUCCUAAAGAUAACGUAGAGAAAUGGCUCCGGUAUCUUGAAGCUGAGUGUCCUACUUUUCUCUUCAAAGCAUCAAUGCAGCUACAGGACAGAACGGUGCAACAGAGAGGAAUUAAUGCAGUUCUGGAUCACAGCAGAGCAGCUUCAUGUUUUGGAAGAGACUGUCUCCUACAGACGCUUACUGAUUUGGCUGACAAGAAGGAUGCUGAGACCAUGCUUAAAGUUGGUGUUGUCGGUUUCCCUAAUGUUGGAAAGAGCAGUAUCAUCAAUAGUCUGAAAGAAAUCCGAGUGUGUCAUGUUGGUGUGCAGAGAGGAGUGACCAGAUGCAAGCAGGAAGUGCAUAUUACUAAGAGGGUGAAGAUGAUUGAUAGUCCAGGGAUUGUGGCGGCUCCCAGUAGCCCAGGGGAUGCGAUGGCCCUCAGGAGCCUGCAGGUAGAGGAGAAGGAGGAGAGUCCACUGGAAGCGGUCAGGACUCUGCUCAAACAGUGCAAUCAGCAGCAUAUAAUGUUACAGUAUAAUGUCCCAGACUGA